AACGUGGCUUUUCACAGAUAACUGCUCAUUUAAAGCCAACCAGAGCUCAUCAGGUUGCUUUAAGCUGGAUGUUGCUGCUUAGAGCUUGGGAAGAUCCUUCACCCUGAGCGUCAGUCAGAGAGGCUCUCUGUGCUUUCCUUUCCUCUCUGGUGGUCUCUCUCUGUCUACUCUCUGCGUUCUUCUCCUGUGCUUCUUCAUCCCUCUGUGCCUGUAACUUCCCUCAACCAUGGCUCCAACCCUGGCCACAGCGUUCGCCAGGCGCUGGUGGAUGGCAGUGACUGCCAUCAUUGAGAAUCUGCUCUUCUCUGCCGUGCUGCUGGGAUGGGGAUCGCUCCUCAUCAUGCUCAAGUCAGAAGGCUUCUACUCUUACAUGUGCAACGAGGAAGGCAACAGUUCCAGCUACAAUCUGUCCAAACCCCUGGCAACGCAGACGCCUGACGACUAUGCUGACUACUAUGACAGUGUGGGUGGCGUGGUCGGUCUGGGCGACGGAGUGGAGAUGAGGCCUCUGGUCCCUGUGGAUGGGCCCUUGAGGAUGAACGGCUGGCUGAUUUGUAAAGAACAGGACGAGAUGCUGAACCUGGCGUUCACAGUGGGCUCCUUCCUGCUGUCCGCCAUCACACUGCCACUGGGGAUCGUCAUGGAUAAAUACGGGCCUCGCAAGCUACGACUGUUGGGCAGCACGUGUUUUGGAUUGUCCUGUCUACUCAUCGCCUAUGGAGCCUACAAUCCAAAUGAACUCUCCGUCCUUAUCUUCAUCGCCCUGACUUUUAAUGGCUUUGGGGGCAUGUGCAUGACCUUCACCUCACUUACACUCCCUAACAUGUUUGGAGACCUCCGCUCCACCUUCAUCGCCCUGAUGAUCGGCUCCUAUGCCUCCUCUGCUGUCACCUUCCCAGGUGUCAAGGUGAUCUAUGACCUCGGCAUAUCUUUCAUCACCAUCCUUGUGGUGUGGGCCGCCUGUGCUGGACUGGUCUUCCUGAACUGCUUCUUCAACUGGCCCCUGGAGCCAUUCCCAGGACCAGAGGACAUGGACUACACUGUGAAGAUUAAGUUCAGCUGGUUGGGCUUUGACCAUAAAAUCACAGGGAAGCAGUUCUACCGCCAAGUGACCACAGUGGGCCAGCGCCUCAGCGUGGGCAACAGCCUGAAGCAGAAGGAGCUGACCACUAAGGAUGGACACAUGCUCUGCCUCUCAACCAUGGACCUGGAAAUGAAGAGCAAGUCAGAUGAAGACUCCCAGUCAUUCUUGAAAACCCUCACCACCCCGAUCUUCAUGCUCAGUCUGGUGACCAUGUCCAUUACUCAGCUCCGUCUCUUGUUCUACAUGGGGGCCAUGAACAGCGUGCUGGAGUCGCUUACUGACGGAGACCUCAACACAGUGAGUCUGUACUCCUCCAUUUUCGGCAUUCUGCAGCUGCUUUGCCUGAUGACCACUCCUGUGAUUGGUCAGAUCAUGGACUGGAGGCUGAAGGAAUGUGAUGAUGGAGAGGAGGAAAAGGAGCCCUGCGGCAAAGGGGAGAUAAAGAAAAAGCGCAGAGACAAAAAGAUCCAAAAGGUGACCAAUGCCUUGCGAGCAUUCGUCCUCACAAACAUCCUUUUAGUGGGAUUUGGAAUCACCUGCCUAGUGCCCAAUCUCCCCCUGCAGAUUGUGUCAUUCGUCUUACACACUGUGGUGAGAGGAUUCAUUCACUCCGCUGUUGGUGGCCUCUAUGCUGCCGUGUAUCCCUCCUCCCAGUUUGGCAGUCUAACAGGCAUGCAGUCUCUGGUCAGUGCUGUGUUUGCUCUACUGCAGCAACCCUUGUUCCUGGCUAUGAUGGGGCCCCUGGAGGGAGACCCAUUCUGGGUCAAUAUUGGACUCUUUGCUCUCAGUAUGCUGGGCUUCUUGCUGCCUCUUUACCUGAUCUGCUACCGACGGACGCUCAACAGACAGCAACAGGAGCGGGAGGAUGACGCUAAGAUCUACAUCAAAAUCAACGGCUCUGACAUCCCUGAGGCCUAUGUCUAGAGAAAAGGAAAUGCAGAGAAUUGGAGAGAAUUUUUUUUUCCUGAGAAAAAUUUGCAAUCCAGUAACGCAUGCAUUCACAUGCAUGUAAAAAGGACAACUGAAAUCUUACUUAUUUAGAAUAUCACAUUUAAACCUACAGUAAUAUUGAGUACUCCAUUGAGUGCGCACACAAACAGACUGCCAUAUCCAUUUUCCAAAAUCCCACCGAGGUAAAGUGAUGCUGCGGCUGUCACAGAAACGAGUCAGUCGGACAGUCGCCGAGGAGGAAAGUGAAGCAUGGAGGGAAAAAGGAAAAACAAGAGGAAAGACUGUGAAAGGAAAGAGCGGCAGGAGCCCUCUGCAUUCCCCCAAAUCCUCUGACCUCUCUUUUUAUUCCCUCCUCUCUGAGCGGCACAGUAGUGCAGCUCUGUUCCACAUAAGACUGCUUUAAUAUUCCACAUAUGAGCAGAAAAACAAACGGAGAGUUUGUUUAGCUCACCCUCAGAAGCAACCUCACCAUUGUUAGAGUGAUUCCAUUAUUUUUACAAGUCUUUUUUUUUGUUUAAUAUGUUGACUUUAAAUCCUCCUGAUUGUAAUUCCCAUGACGUGGUGCUAUUCGUACGUUUGAUAGAUGGCGUAAGACUGGACUAAAUGGCAUUAAUGAGCGACAGCAGGGAGAGAGGAGCCAUAUCGCUAAUGUUUCUUGGGCGAGUAGAAGGUAGACUUAUUAUGGUUAAUUAUGGGGCUGUUUUCUUUUAUACUUUUCUUUUUUUACCUGGCUAACAUCUUAUUAUAGUAUGAAAAUGCUGUAGCGUAAAAUAUACUGGAUGAAUUUCAGUGUUUUUAAGGGCUGAAACAGCAGUGUGUUUUGCUAAAAGCAAAAUGUUCAUGUACGUUAGAGUAUUUAUUUUAUUUUCUGCUUUCUUCCAUUUUUUUUUAUAAGCUACUUUACCAGGGGUGCCUUUUAAAUAUACCUUUCUGUAAAGGUUUAAGAUUUUUCAUUGAGUAGCAUGUUCUGUUGAACUUUUUACACACGAGUGAAAAUAGUCUCAACUUUGCAUUACAUGGUAACACCAUUUAAACAUCACAGUCUCCAUUAAGUGUAUCCACAAAGUCAUUAUACAGAUGCCUUAUCUUAAAGUCAGUAUUUCAUUCAGUCUGUGUACAUACUGUCCAGCACUUUAUACCCUGUAAACCCCUUUAAAUUCAGCACACAUCAGCUUACUGAAGCACUUUGCUCCUGCUUUCUCUUGCUUUCAUUUUGAGCUCCUCCUUCCUUCAUAGAUGUAUUUAUUUCAUUUUAAACUCACUUUUCCAGAAUACAUUGAAGCAUACUGUGCUGGCAACGACUCAUGUGUCUGACCACAUACUUUGUUGUUCCCAUAGAGCUCUAUCUUCUGCUGUGGAAGGUAAUGCAGAGGUGUUUUGCUGUGCAGGUGUUCUCUGUUUAAAUAUGGAAGGAUCUGUGUAAUAAAAAUGAGUUGAUCUCUGUAAA